AUGAAUGUCUGCGUCGGGAGCACGGCCUUCGCCUUCGCGCUCUACAAGCACCAGAAGGAGCACUUCGAGCAGCUCGAGGACGAGCGCGAGGCGCGCUUCCACAAGGAGUACGACCUCACGCUGGACCGCAUCAACGCGACGAAGCCGGAGACGCUCCUCGACGCCCUGUCCUGGUACACGCGGGCCCUCGAGGCCGAGGCGAAACAGGCGGGUGUCUCCGACCCCACGCGCGACGAGCUCGCGGACGAGUGGCUCCGGCGGAAAUUGCGUCCCAAGGAGGACCUCGCGCUGGGCGUGCGGGGCAUCCCCGACGCGGCGCGCGCCGACGAGAACCGAGCGCAGUUAAAGCGCAUGUGGACGUCCGUGCGGCGCCUCUACGCCAAGUACCCGAACAUCGCGCACGGCCGCGACGAGAUCAAGGUCGACCUCGACGACGGCGUCGCGCGGUCGACGCUGCUCCACCUCGAGCCCCUGGACAAGGCGCUCUGCCGCGCGACCCCGAGCUGCGACUGGACGCGCGACUGCGACCCGAUCUACGCCUUCAUCCGCUCGCAGUGGGGCGUCCCGGACGCGUGGCCCGGCGAAGACGACCACGUCUCCGACCUCGCCGAGCCCCGGUCCCGCGUCGCCGUCGCCAUGUCCCGCGCCGCCAAGGGCGGCGGCAACCGGUACCGGCGCGCGACGAUGGCGCGGCCGCCCGGCGCGUAG